AUGACGUUCUUCUUCUUUGUGUUUUAUUAUAAAGUGAUGGGUCCUUCAGGUGUGUCCAGAGACAACCCUACCUGCACCGUCAACAUUCCCAUCGCUCCGAUCCACAGCCCGGCUCAGGCCAUGUCUCCCACUCAGAGCAUCGGCCUGGUCCAGUCUCUGCUGGCCAAUCAGAACAUCCAGCUGGACGUCCUCACCAACCCCACCGCCACUGCCGCUGCAGCCGCCGCUGCUGCACCUGCUGCAGACCGCGGGCAGGACGCCGUUCCCUCCCCAUACCCGGUGCCCUCCAGGUACUCUAACCCUGGUCAGGUGAUCUUCAACGGGCUGGAGAUGGCUCCUCUCCUCCCCGGUACUCUCCCCCCGCCGCCUCCCCCUCACCACCUCCCCCCGCAGCCUCACCCGCAGCGCUCACAUCCCCAGCAGCCGCGCACGCUGCCGCCCAAACUGUCACAACAAAUGCAGACGCAGCAGCAGAAAAUGCACCAUCAGCAGCAGCAGCAGCACCAUCAGAUGCAAACACAGCAGCAGCUCCAGCAGCAGCAGCACCAGCAGCACCAGGCUCAGCAGCACCAACAGAUGCAACAGAACCCCACCCACCAACAGCUGCAGCACCAGCAGCAGAUCCAGCAGCAGCAGCAGCAGAUGCAGCUGCAACACGAACAGAUGCAGCAGCAGCAGCAGCAGAUGCAGCAGCAGCAGCAGCAGAUCCGGCAGCAGAUCCAGGAGAUGCGGCAGCAGCAGCAGCAGCUGCAGCAGCAGCACCAUCAGAUCCAGCAGCAGCACCAGCAGAUGCAGAGGCAGCACCAGGUGAUGCAGCAGCAGCUGAAGAUGCAAAUGACGCUGCCGCCUCCGCCCACCGGAUAUCCAACCAUCUCCUUACACCAGAUCCACCUCCUGCCUCCUCCCCCCACCACCGAGCCGGGCUUCAGGGAGCAUGCACACACUCUGAAGCCCAGCAUGCCUCGGAGUCUUCCCCCCUUCAGCGACAUGGACGGAGGCAUGGAGCUUCAGAUGAGGAAGGUGAAUCCUCCUCCUCCGUACCCAGGCACCGUCGUGUCUGCAGCGAUCACUACAGCCGUCGCCACGCCUCAAACUCUCAUCACCAACUGUGACAGCCCGAGUGUCCUGUCACCUGACCCCUGCCUGAAGAAGGACGAGUUCCUGCUGCACCCGGUCACUCUGCAGUACCCCACUCCUCUGGGCUAUGAGAGGAUCACCACCUUCGACAGCAGCGGCAACGUGGAGGAGGUUUGCCGGCCACGCAGGCGCCUCGUCCGCAACCAAAACUCGUACGCCGUGCACGGCAUCGGAGGCUCCGCGACGCUCAAAGUCACCUCUUCUGAGAACAAGAAGAUCCAGCUUCCCUACAGCUCUGCGACGCUGAGCCGCCUCUCCGUCCCUCGAUACUCUAUACCCAGCGGAGACCCGCCUCCUUACCCUGACGCCGCCAAUCAGGUCACCGCCACGCUCCCUCCCCCUCAGAGGAUGGACAGCAGUCUGAUCCACGCCACGAUGCGCCGGGACCGCAGGGACGCGGUGCUCAAAGUGCCGCAGAUGAUGGAGAGCUCCAGGACGCUGCCCACUAAGGCUAAAAUGAACAGCGCGUUAGCACUGAGCUACCAGCAGAGGGCGCCCGCCGCCUUAUACACUUGCAACCAGUGCAGCAGCAACAGCAGCAGCACCAGCGUCAGUGUGAGCGGCGGCGGGACCAUGAGUAGCGGCAUCGCGGGCGGCACGGUGGUUCGGCAGGACUUCCCGCCGGGGAAAGUCUCUCAUCACAGCACCAUCAUCGUGCACUCAAAGAGCACCUCCCCCCUGUCCUCGCAGUCCACCUACAGCCUGCUGAGUGCCGCCGACACUACCCGGGACAGAACGGUGUACGUCAACUCCGCCUUCACCGAAGACGAGACUCUGAACCAACACCUGGAGAAAUCCAUGCGGCAGCUGACUCUCGGGGACGUUAGCUUGACGGUUAAACGCCCUCCGCCUUACCAGUGGGACACCUCCACCACGGAGGAGUUCUGGCUCACUCCGGAACAAACCAUUCUAGGUCCUCCGCCCGGAGCCCAUAAACCUCCGCCGCUCAUCAUCAGUCAGGCCCAGCAUCUGGACAUGUCCAGGCUGCCGUUUGUUCUGACGACUAAACCUCCAAGCAGCCAGACCACGAGCACGCUCACAUUCCCAUCGGGAUACCAGAUAUCACUCUCGCCUUUCCCUCCGCCUCACAGCGCUCCUCCGCCUCCGAAUGAAGUGUCUUCGGUUCCUUAUUCUCAGCAGGAUCCAAGCUUGGUGUUACCUCCGGGUUAUCCUCCCAGCCUCGCCAGCUUAUCGUGCUGCCCUCUCCCUCCGAUGUACCCCGGGGCCAGUGCCUGUGGAAGCCUCCAGCUGCACCCCGUGAGCCUCCACCCCUGGAACCCGUACCCCUGCCCGCCUCCCAUGCAAGACCCUCCAGCACCUCCCCUCCCGACCAAAACUCACCAGAUUCUAGAGAAGCCAAUCCUCUCGCCACCUCCUCCGUCCGGGCCUCCCCCGCCUCCCCCUCUCCCGCCUCCUCCUCCACCAACUGAGCUGCCGCCGUCCAAAAGCACCGCUGAGGAUCUCGGGGACAACUUCCUGGAGCCGUCGUCGUCGCUGAACGAGAGUCCCGUGCAGCAGGAGUCCGAUCGCUUUAACAAGAAGAGCCGCAAGAGGGUGGACAGCCGGGCCGAGGACGCCAACAUGCCCACUGUCUCCGAGGGGAAGUCCAGGAAGGAAGGGCGGGCGCUGUCCGACUUCAACACCCUCAUCUCAAGCCCGAGGGUCGGCACCCGGGAGAAGAAGAAGCCCAAGAGCCAAAGAGAGCAACUCAAUAAAACCAAGAAGAUGAACCGGACCACCAACGAGUUCCAGGACAGUUCGGAGAGCGAGCCGGAGCUUUUCAUCAGCGGAGACGAGCUCAUGAACCAGAACCAGAGCAGCAAGAAGAGCUGGAAGAACAAGCGCAGCAUGCGGAUGGCGAGCGAGCUCGAGGAGAUCAAGUGCCGCAAGGCCAACGAGCGAGAGGACCGCAGUCUGGGGAGCCAAGGGUUCGUCUACGUCAUGGCCAACAAACAGCCGCUGUGGAACGAAGCGACGCAGGUUUACCAGCUGGACUUCGGGGGACGCGUCACGCAGGAGUCCGCCAAGAACUUCCAGAUCGAGCUGGACGGUAGACAGGUGAUGCAGUUCGGCCGUAUUGACGGUAAUGGCUACAUCCUGGAUUUCCAGUACCCUUUCUCCGCGGUGCAAGCGUUCGCUGUGGCCUUGGCCAACGUGACGCAGCGGCUGAAGUGAAAAAGUUUCCUGCUGUUUUAGAAAAUGAUUCCUGAGACGACCUGCAGACACGCAGAGCUGGUGGAGUUGGUCGUGCACCAGCAGACUCAUCAGCAGCUCUUCUGGAUCACGCGAAUGUACUCAUUCUAUUCAAAUACAAAUGUUAUCUUAGAAAACAACGACUGUCCCUGCAGAGACGGACGGUUAACUGAGUACACGUGGGAACGGAAACAGAUGGCAAUGUAUUUCUAAUUACUAAAUAUUUUAUUUAUGUUUGUGAUGUUGAAAAAAAGUACAUUGUUGGGUUUGAAAAGAGGAACCACAUCUAUAGUAAACACUGCAGUAUUUUGAAGUCAUUUAGUAAUUAAGUGCAUUAUUUACUAUGAAACUGAUUGUUGUCAUACCUUUAUUUCAAUGUUUAUUUAAAUCCCAUUUGAAUGCAUUCCUUUGUUUAUUUAACCUCCUCUACAUGACGUUUGAACUGCUGGGCGUGCAAUAGAAGAAUUGUUUUUUCUAUUCGUGAUACUUCUAUGAAGUGGUGCAAUGAACAAAGUAAGUCUUAUUGUUGGGCCGUAAAACUAUACACUUAUACACAUUGACAUCCUCCUUUCUUUUUAUAUCCAAAACUCGCCUUUACAUUUGUGAGGAACGACACAGGAAGGGUUUUACCAGAUAUUUGAAUGCAUUUAGCAGAAAGUACUUGAGUCACGCUCCUGCAGAUGAAAGUCUUAAACUUUAUUUAUUUAAAAAACGCUUUCCGUGCAAAGUUGCAACACAAGGUGCUUAACCAUACAGUGAACAUCGAGGCAUUGAGUUUAUUAAAAAAAGGCCUUAAUUAGUUCAAAUGCUUAGAAAUGUUGAAGGUUUUUUUUAUCUGACGUUGCAUUGUAAAAUCUAAACAGAAGCUUGUAUACAUGUUGUUUUGCUUACGAAUGCUUAAAGUUGGUGUUGGAUUUCUUUUUAAAAUGCUUAAAUCUUUCAAAACUAAAGUGUGCAUCAGCUCCAGAUCCUCUCUGAUCGUUUUAUCGUGGUCGACUGUGAAACCUUUGAUUUUGUGGUUGUUUUUGACGCUGCUACUUCUGCAGUUUGCCUCGUUGGGAGUGAGCAGUGCUUUAGAUAGACUGUGCAGUAACGCUGAACACAGCAAACAGAAAACCCUGCUGCUUGCACCGUGUACUUAGUAAACAAAGACUGUGCUCAUAUGUUGCCGACUUCACUCACCUUUGCUUUCACGAGUUCUUGGAUGUUACACAAAAAAGACGACGGUGUUGAUACAACAUGUUGGUAAGUCCAGAUUCAGUGUCCGUGAGACUCAUGCAGACUUGGUGCUAAUAAAGGAACACAUGGACAACAGAAGGAGUUUUAAAGAGGAAAGCAUUUCAGAGCGGCUGCAGAGAGCUUUAUUUACCGCAGUGUGUUCGUUAUCAGCAAAACUGCCUCACUCUAGAUGGUUGCCUGAUUUCAUUUUACUCUUACGUUGUGAAGGAAACUAACGAUGUGACCAUAGGUUGGUACAGACCUAUAGGCUGCUGGGUGUAAUAAAAACACAUUGUUCCAA